CAGCAUACAAGCUUACAUGGGCUACAUACAGCAGCUUCCCAUUUUACUGCUGCCUAGCUCUCUCUUACAACCAAAGCUGUGUGCCUUCAAAAACCCGGACUGCACCUUUAAUGUCCUGUCGGGGUUUGUCCAAUUAGUGAGUAGGUGGAGCACACAGGAGCAAACCUACCGGAAAAGAAAACACAGACGCUUUCCUCCACCUAACCUGAGCUGACACACGCACGUCAAAGCUGCUGUUUCUUCGCCUGAAGUUUUUCCAGCCACGGAAAAAGUCAAACGGAGACGGAAAGUCGAAGCGGAUGGUGCUGGAGGAACUUUCCCACAUGAUUGAGGUGUCGAUACCGUCGCUGGAGAGGGAGGUGGACGAGUCUGGCAAGACGAAGAAGCUUUUCAGAGUUGAAGUCUUGUUUAACGAGAGGAAACAUUAUGUCCUCAGAAGAAACAGUGAAUUCCAGACGCUCCAUAGGAAGCUUAAGAAGAUCAUCCAGACUCCGGAUUUUCCGAGCAAAAGGAACCCCCAUCUGAGGACCAAACCUCUGGAGCAGAGGCGGCAGGAGCUGGAAGAUUACAUCCAGGACAUUAUCUACCAAAACGAAGACGUGCCUCAGGUGCUGCUGGACUUCCUCCACGUGAAGCACUUCCACACAGGGAACAAGAUCAGCAGCGUCGAGUCACUGGAUGAACUGGACAGUCAGGAAUACAAUUACCAGUUACCACAGCAACGGGUUCUGGGCUUCUUCCAGGAUCCUUAUCUGCCCGGCAGCUCAUCAGGCCUCCCGGACAUGGUGGUGGACGGAGUUCUGCAGGGUUUCUACCCCCGGGACAUCCGGGUCAGCUUCAGCGCCUCUAUUCUCCCUGACCCCGACGCCUGACAGGCAGCAUGGCCCAAAGAAGAAAUGCACAGAAAUAUGGCUACAUUUCGACCAAUUACAGUAUCGUAGAAUGGUUCAUUUGACUCAGGAGAAGAAAUUCAUGACAGUUCAAGUUCAUUUUGGUCAUUGUGACUUGAAUCAAAUUCAGUUUCUCUGAAGACCUGAAUAAUAUGCACACAAAAGCUUAAA